AUGUCUUUAAUAACAUUCAUUCUUGCAUCAACUAUACUCACUUCAUACAAACUAACAGCUGCAUCAGAAGUUUUACAAGGAACAAUAUGUGGUUUAAGAACAGGUUUAGGCACAAAUUGUAAUGGUCAAAAUCCACUAGAAGGAUGUCCAGGUGGUUUUAUUAGACAGAAUUGGCCAUUUGGGAAAACAGGUACUGGUUUUUUACAAUUUUGUGCUACUUCAGACGGUAAUAAUGUACAACCAGGUAAACCGGGAACUGUAUGUGGACUUGUAACGGGAUUUCUUGGCAAUUUAUGUGGCGGAAUCAAUCCUUUUUUGGGUUGUCCUGCUGGAUAUGAAAGGUAUUUAUGGUUUACAAGUUGGGGCUCAGGAUUAGCAGCUUGGUGCUCAAAAGUUGAUUCAACAAUUGCUGAUCUACCAGGAACAGUUUGUGGAAUGCAAACAAAUUUUGAUCAAACCGGUGUUUCUUGUGGUGGUUAUUCACCAGGACGUGGAUCAUGUCCACCCGGUUAUGGUGUAAAUCAUUGGGUAGUUGAUUUUGGCAAUAAGUUCUGGUCAUGGUGUUAUAAACAAUAA